AUGCCUCAAAUGUGUUUAUCUCUAUUGUUACAGUUGGUUAAACAUAUUAUAGCGCCACUAUCACACCGCUGGAAGGCAGCUAUAGAGAAAAGGAUCAAAGAAGUUAGCCAAAUGACCUUGGCGGCUGUGCUAAGAGGUGCUCGUCUCCAGCCCGGACAGUAUUGGAAUCUUUCUGGAACCUUCCUCUUUACAAUUUAUGUCAUGACUGCGUUGGCAGGAUUUGGCGCCCCAGUGCCGCGGACAAUAGAAGGUAGAUCUGCAGUACUGGUAUAUGCUGGUUUGGCAAUACCUGUACAUUUAUAUCUCAUGAUGAACGCGGGCAUGUGCAUUGUGGUACACGCGCAAGCUUAUGUGAAACAACUCAGCAGGAGGCUACGGAAUCACAGGACGUUUACAGGUGGGAAGUCUAAUCUUGACAAUGAGAGUCCAAACUGUAGCCGGCACUCGAAAGUUCUAAAGGCGCCAAGCCGUUGUUGCUUUGGUUUGAAAAUAAUGCGUUGCCUCAGCGUGCUCAAGGCAUGUCACUGCGUGCCACUAGCUGCAGUGGUGUACUACUUGACCGGCGCAUGUGUCUUUGGCAAGCUAGAAGACCAUGAGAUUCUGAAGUCUUUAAUGUUCCCUCUAGAAUUUACUACAAGUGGAGGACUGGACCAUCAGCCAGGCCAUUUGCGUAUUCUAUACGCAUUCUACGUAGAAGGCGCUAUGAUGUUGCUAGCAUGUGCAGUUGUAACCUUUCGCCGGUACAGCACCCCCAACAUCCUCUGGGCAUCGCAGAAGUACAGAUUAUUUACUACUGAGGAAUAA